GUUCAAAUUACUGGUAGUGCGAUAAUUAACUUCAAGACUGAGUGUUCUGGGUUAUCGUUUAGUAAUAAUUUUCACUGGUGUCAGACGGUUGUAAAGUAGUUACUUCUUAUCAAAUAAACUAACAUUAAAGUGUAAAUCUGUUCUUUGCACAUAAAACAAUGUUGGUUCCACCUCCUCAAUUCGAAGAUCGUGAUGAACAAGAACUGCUCUUAUGUGGUCCCGGCCCCAGCAACAUAUUACCCUCAGUCCGAAAGGAUUUGACGAAACCAGUGCUCUCUCCGAUUUGUGAUGAUUAUUUUAAUGUAAUGUCAGAUAUUAGAACUGGUCUCAAGUAUGCAUUUCAAACGAAGUCGGAACUCAUUCUCGCCAUGAGUGGUUCGGGGCACAGUGGUAUGGAGACAAUCAUAACCAACCUCCUUGGCCCCAAUGAUACCCUUUUGAUAGCUAAAAGAGGUAUUUGGGACCUGAGAGCGGAAACAAUUGCUUACAAGCAUGGAAUCCCUACGCAUAUUACCGAAGUUCCCUUCAACGCAACAUUUAGUUUCGAGCAAUUAGAAGCAGCGUUGAAGAAUUAUCGUCCAACAGCGCUUUUCAUCACUCAUGGAGAUUCUUCUACGGGCACCAUUCAGAGACUGGAGGGCCUUGGUGAUAUGUGCCAUAAAUACGGAACUCUUUUGCUGGUAGACACUGUGGUGUCAUUGGGUGCUGUACCAUUUUUGAUGGAUGAGUGGGGAGUAGACGCAGUAUAUACGUCAACACAAAAAGCUCUUAGUGGACCUGCAGGUAUCACUCCAGUGGCAUUCAGCGAAUUAGCACAGCAAAAGAUAAACAGACGCACACACGAGCCAGCCUUCUACUUCGAUGUAAAAUUAAUCGCGAAACAAUGGAAUUGCUUCGAGAAGAGUAAAAAUUACCAUCACACUUUAAGCCCUCCACUAAUUUGGGCAUUGCGCCGUUGCCUUAUUGAGCUUUCAAAUGAAACAUUGCCAAAAGCUUGGUCACGUCAUGCUCAAACAACCGCUUUAUUUCACAAAAUGCUAACCCACUAUGGAUUUGAAUUUCUCAUACCAAAACCUGAAGAUAGACUUGCUACAGUUACUACAGUUAAAGUACCAAAAGGUUGUGUUGAUCAGGAUUUUAUGAAUCAUAUUAGAUACAAACAUGGUAUCGUUAUCUUCGGAGGCUUGGGACCAACAGUAGGAAAGGCACUACGAAUUGGGAUAAUGGGUGUCAACUCCAAUGAAGAUGUCGUUACUAAGGUUGUCCAAGCUAUGGUUGAUGCGACACGGAAUGUCGUGAAGAGCAAAAUCUAACACCUGUUUCGACGUAUAUACCUUUAUUGUUUGGGUAUAUCAUUUUUAUAUUCUUUAAAUUGUAACUAUAAAUGUAUAAUAUCCAAUGAUAAAAUUUACUAGGGUAAUUUUAUUUUUAUUAAAGAUUUUUUUCAAAGUA